UCUGUAGAGUCGUAUUUUGUAACGAUGGAAUUCGGAUGUGUAAUUAUUAUCAAUAGUGUAUUGUUGUUAUUAGUGAGUUACAGUGAUAAUCAUGAAAUCAAAAUUAAAGAUUACAGUGAUUUAGUAUCAGACAUUUAUUUAGAUUCUAUGCAAUUGAUAUCUAAAUCUAAGUACCCGGUUGAGAAACAUUUUGUGACAACAGAAGAUGGGUACGUGUUGACUUUGUUUCGUAUACCUGGACAAGGACCACCUGUGUUACUAGUGCACGGCAUAGGCGAUAGCUCUGACUCUUGGCUGGUAUUAGGGCCAAGCAAAUCAUUGGCGUAUCGACUCGCUGAUGACCAUUUCGAUGUCUGGUUGUUCAAUUCUAGAGGAAAUAAGUACAGCAAGAAACACAUCAAUAAAAUAUCACAAAAGAAAUAUUGGGACUUUAGUUUCGAAGAAAUGGGAUCCAAAGAUUUACCAGCAACUAUUGAUUAUAUUUUAUCUAAAACAUCGCAAUCUAAAUUGUCCUAUGUAGGCUUUUCUCAAGGUACGACAAUAUUCUUUGUAUUAUGCAGCAUGAGACCUUCAUAUAAUGAAAAAAUCAAACAAGCGAUUUUGCUAGCGCCGGUUGCCACGAUAAAUAAUAUUCAAAGUCCUCUUAUACCAUUUUAUGCAAAUAUUUAUGACAAAUUGACAUUUUUAGCUGAAGCUGGAAUCAAUGAAGUAUUUCCUUCCAAUGUGUUUGUCAGUACGUAUCAUGCUAAGGUAUGCAAUUUAAGGUCCCCAUUGCGAUUCUUCUGCGGCCUAGAAUAUUACUUAAACUUCGGCUUAAAAGAAUUGGAAAGACUACCGGAUGCCAGGCUCCCUAUUAUAAGCAGUCAUAUUCCAGCCGGAGGUUCGGCAAAAACAUUUUUGCACUUUUUACAAGGUUACGUUUUAAAAAGCUUUCGAAGAUACAACUACGGAGUGAAAAAGAAUAAAGAAGUUUACAACUCCUCCACACCGCCAGUUUACAAUUUAUCAGCUGUCAGUGCACCAGUUACCUUAGUGGUCAGUGAAAGUGAUUGGAUAAGUACUAUAAAAGACGCUAAAUUAAUACAGAAUAAUUUGAAAAAUGUUGUAAGGAACAUAGUUAUCAAUACAACAUUAGAUUUUACACAUUUAGAAUUUGUCUAUGGAGAACGAGUUAAUUCUGUUAUAAACGACCCUAUCUUAAAGUUUAUGAAGAGUUUAUGA